AUGGAAAAGCUUUCAGCCUAUGCCUUUCCUUCCGACUCAGACGAGUUCCUGCCUCUGACCCCUCCACCGGUCCGUCUCUGUCAGGCAUCCCGUUCCUCGUCCCGGUUCAUGACCGCACCAGCCCCGCAAGUCAAACUUGCUUCCACCCAGCUUUCAGCUAGGCAAGAGCGGGGCUCAAAGCACGGUUCCGCUAGCCAGCCCCCACCGCAGCUCCACUAUAAAGAUUGGACGACACCUAAGCUGCUGAAAGAACUCUUUGAAAAAUUACAGGAGCUAAAUCAGUAUCUCUUCCUGGUUGUCGAAUUGUCUGUGCGCUAUGGAGGCACCUUGUUCUAUCAAUACCACCGUGCCUUCUCAGCCAAAGCUGCUGCCACCCUCUCAGCUGACAACCGUAUUGUGGCCCAGAUCUUUUCACCCGUAUCUUCAGUGGAAUUUGUGCCAACGCCUGUAGCGCAUGUGCCUCCACAGCGCACUCCUCUUACCUAUGCCCUAAGGCAGCAGCUAGUUCUCUUCAACCCAUUUCUCAUCCCUUUCCUUCUCUUCUCAGUUCAAGACAUCUUGCCCCUGCUUCCAUCCAUGCUUCAGCUCCACCCACCAGAUCUCAAGCCCAAGAUAUCUAUGGCCGUCCCAUCAAGUUUUCAGGUGGCAGAGCCACAAGUCGUCAGUUCCCUUCUCCAAGCUGAAGUCGACAAAGGCUUCAUGGUCGGUCCCUUUGCAGCACCCCCCUUCACUACCUUUCGCAUUAAUCCCAUAGGCAUCGCUACCUGCAAGUAUUCUGGCAAGAAACGCCUUAUCAUUGACCUAUCCGCUCCUCGGGGCAGUUACACAUGCAGCAUUAACUCCCUCAUUUCAAGCGAGGAGUUCGCUCUUCACUACAUUAAGCUCUCAGACACCAUUCAUUUCAUCAAAAUUGCAGGUCACGGAGCCUGGCUUGCCAAAGCCGAUAUCUCUGAUGCAUUCAAGGUCAUGCCUAUUCAUCCUUCCCUCCGUUACCUUUUCGGAGUCUGUUGGGCAGACAAGUUCUAUUUCUCCACCCAGCUCACCUUCGGUUGCCGCAGUAGCCCAAAAAUAUUCGAUUCCUUGUCUGAAGCCCUCUGCUGGAUUUUGCUCAACUCCUAUCAUGUUCCCUUUCUCCUCCAUCUAAUGGAUGACUUUCUGCUUAUUUCCCCCCCUUCAGAUCCUCCAGCCCAAGCAAUUAAUCACCUUAAGACCCUCUUCUCCUUAGUUGGUGUCCCUCUUUCUCAAGAGAAAACCAUCUGCCCUGUUAACUCCCUGGAAUUCCUCGGCAUUACACUCAAUACCGUGAAAUUCGAAGCCAGCCUGCCUCCUGUCAAACUCCAACGCUUACUCUCACUCAUUAACAGUUUUCAGAUCUCCUCUUUCAAUAAGAAGAGGGACCUCCUGUCUCUCCUCGGUCAUUUUAAUUUCGCCAUCCGCAUCAUUCCUCAGGGCAGAACAUUUAUUUCACGUCUCCUAGCCCUCUCAUCAGCUGUCAAGAAUAUGAAUUCUCACGUGAAAAUCUCAGCCGAAGCCAGAAAAGACAUAAAGAUGUGGAUCAAUCUCCUUACUAACUGGAAUGGUCUCUCUCUAUUUUAUGACGAAUUCAUUUCAGCCCCUCAUGAUCUUGCCCUCUUCACUGACGCCUCAUCCAUCGGAUUCGGCGGGUUCCUCGCUCCUGAAUGGUUCUCCAGCACUUGGCCCCCUGAAAUUCAGCUCCUCCCCCCUCAAGAGGAAUCUACGGCUCUCCUAGAAAUUUAUCCAAUCGUAGUGGCCGCUGUCCUCUGGGGUCACCAAUGGUCAAGAAAAUCAAUCCUUUUCUUCAGCGAUAACAAACCCACAGUGCACAUCAUCAACAAAGGACGUUCUUCAUCCCCCCUCAUUAUGCGCCUGCUCCGUCGUCUCAUAUGGUCUUCCGUAUCUCUCAACUUCCUAAUACAAGCCCGCCAUCUUCCUGGUACCCAUAAUAAUGCUGCUGAUGCUCUCUCUCGCCUACAGCACGAACCCGCCACAGACCUCACCACACCCACUGCCCGGACCUCCAACACCUUCAAUGAACCUGGAAAGGAGCAGGACAAAGAAAAUGGCCGUCAUGAAACGUACACUCAGCCAAUCUUUAAACCACGCGUGUCUCCUUUGUCCCACGCCGCCGUUCCUGGAACCCCGACAUGGCACACGGGAGACCUCGACCCUCCGCGCUGGACCUCGACCCUCCGCGCUGACUGGUAUCUCCGGACCCGGAUGCUGGACCUCAAACCUUGGGACAACGUCAGCCCAUGA